AGCAACCCGCGCGCGUCUCCAAAGUGGGUCCUUGGCAACGCAGCCCGGGAACGGCAAUGUCCGCUGGCGCGAGCGGUAAACACGGACUGCGGCUCACUUUGUAGCACUUGGGCUUUUUUAGGCGCGCUGACAACUUCAUGAGCGUGAGAAUGCGAAGUCUGGAGCCCGUGAAGCGCAGAAGAGAGAUGAAAACGAUCGGCUUCACCAUCCAGUCCACCAUGAAGAACGCCGUGGUUGUCGGGCCGCCGCUGGCGGGGGCCUUCCGGGAGAGACCGGCGAAACCCACAGCUUUCCGCAAGUUCUACGAGCGCGGAGAUUUUCCCAUCGCCCUGGAGCACGAUGGCAAGGGCAACCGCAUCGCCUGGAAGGUGGAGAUUGAGAAGCUGGACUACCAUCACUACCUGCCUCUGUUCUUCGACGGGCUGUGCGAAACUGUUCAUCCCUACCAGUUCUUCGCUCGCCAGGGUGUCCAUGACAUGCUGGAGCAUGGCGGCGCCAAGAUCCUGCCCGUCAUCCCUCAGCUCAUCAUUCCCAUCAAAAAUGCCCUGAACACGCGCAACAGGAAGGUGAUCUGCACCACGCUGAAGGUCCUGCAGCACCUGGUGGUGUCGGCGGACAUGGUGGGCGAAGCGCUGGUCCCUUACUACCGCCAGAUCCUGCCCAUCCUCAACAUCUUCAAGAACAUGAACAUAAACUCGGGAGACGGGAUCGACUACAGCCAGCAGAAGCGCGAGAACAUCGGCGACCUGAUCCAGGAGACCCUGGAGGUGUUCGAGUGCUACGGCGGCGAAGACGCCUUCAUCAACAUCAAGUACAUGGUGCCCACCUACGAGUCGUGUCUCCUCAAGUGAAGGACUGGUCCUGACAUUCAUCAUGAGCCCAAUAACACACAAUCAGUGUCUGUCAAACAUUCGUGUCGUAUCGCAUCAUAUUGUAUCGUAUCGCAUCGAAUCUGUACUGAGUCCGGAGGGGGCGGGGCAGUCAAAAACGGUACUCGAGUAAAAGUGCUCUUACUCAGGUAAAAGUAACAAUGGGUGUCCAAAAAUGUACUGGAGCAAAAGUGAAAAGUAUCAGGUCACAAAAAUAGUCGAGAUUCAAAUUCAUUGGCUUUUAAUGUUUUCAGUCAUUCGUCAUGUUCACAGCCUACAUUCUCUUCAGAACAUUAAGUCUGCUGUUCCACUAAAAUUAUAUAUGGUCGUUAAGACCGAUGGAAUAAAUAGAAAACCAGAAAAUACCGAGACCGCAGUCUGCUAGCUGACCAGCUGGUUAGUCUCACUGUUGGUUUACUGUGCUCAGUCGACCUCGUUGGCAAAUUGGGCAAUGGUCCGUUUAGAAGAUCAGAACCAGACUGGGUGUGUAACGGGGUCUGGUUGAGGGUGUACGUGCGGUCGCUAUAUAUGCUAGGAUUAGGAUCGGGUGGGUUUAAGGUGUGUGUGCGGUCGGUGUAUUUGUUAGGUACGCAGCCAGUUGAUCGCCUGUCAGAGGAAUUGGAAUAAAGUGAAAAAAAGGAGCUUUACAGUAAAAUUAGGAAAAUGUGUUGAUGGUAUUGAUGUUAUUGGAUGUUGAAGUUCUAUUAAUGACCAAUUACAUUUGCUGUGACAUCAUCGCAGGGGCUCAAUUCUCACAGGGAGAUACAGUCGCAUCGGUCCGGUCCAGACCACACACUCGCACAGUCACACAGUCACACAGAUGUUCUGAGCGCUCACGCUGCACAGAAAGCUCACACUCCGCUGAGGAAUUUGGGCUGAGUUAGACAGUUUGCAAAGGCAUGACUGUUAAUUUGUAUUAAUGUUAAUUCACACACAUUAAUAUGCAAAUUGAUGUGGCCCACAAACGAGCAGUAUACAGACACACUGUUACAAACACACCGAUAUCAGUACUGACGCACUGAUAGAGACCCUAUUUUUUUCUCAAGUUUAUUUUAUUUUGACAAAUGAUCAUUUUGCUUUGACUAAAGAGGCUCCACCAGGGUGAUCAUGUUUACACAUCAUCGACCGUUGGUUCUCUCACCUUAUUUUCCUCUCGGUGUAUUAUUGCCCAGCGUUACUUUUGAUUGGGGGGCGCGGCGGCCCGGCGGCUCUGGGCUUCGAGUCCCGCUUGGGGCGCCUUGGAGCGGACUGGCGUUCCUUCCUGGCUGUGUCCCCU